AUGAAGGAAAUAAUCAUACUCAACUUGGGUUGGAAUGGGGGCAUUAUAGGAGAUCAUUUGCAAGAAUAAUUGGCCACUGAAAAUCUAAUACAGGAUUUGAAUCUCUUAAACAAGGAAUCAGAUUUCUUAGCCAAAUCAUUUUAUUAUGAAACUUAAAAUGGCCAAUUUGUUCCUAAAACUGUAUUCGUUGAUUCUGAUUCACAAUUUCAAAAGAAGAAAAUAUAUGCAAAAUAGAAUUUUUCCUCAUUCAGAUAGAUGGUUGAGAAAUGUGAAAAUCUACAAGGAGUCCUUGUUAUUAAUACAACAAAUUAAAAUUACGACGAUUACAUCAAAGAAUAAUAAUAAUUGAUACCUACUGUUCCAUUUUAUUUUGUGAAUUUGAUUGAAGAUUAAAUAUCAUAUUCUUAGCAAUUAAGUUUACUAAAAUGCUAUGAAAUGCUGAAAGAAUUUGCAGAGGUGUGCUUGUAGAUCAAUGGAAGUGUAUUUUUGGACAAUAAAUAAUAUACAUCCUAUCCUCCAAGAAAUAUUUCAUAAUUCUUAAGUUUUUGUUUGGCUACAAUUAAUCAAUCUUAUAAGAAAGAAUUAGAUUUGACAACAUUCUCCUAACAUCUAUUUUUAGACUACGAUUAAAAGUUUUUGUCAUGUGGUUUUGAUUACACUUAUGUUAAUGCUUUUUCUAAUAAUUUUGGAGGUAUUAAUUAUUAGGAAGGAAAAUUCAAUAGAACAGGAUUAAUUAUAAGAGGAGAACCCAAUUUAGAAUAGGUCAAGUGGGUCUAAGAAAUCACCUAAGUUCCUUCUUACAUGGGCAUUCUUGAGAAAGCCUAUCCUGGAAUUGCUUAGAUAAGUAACCAUAGCAGUAAUGUGAAUAUAUUGGCAAAAACCAUCAAUAAAUUUUAAUAAGUUCCAAAAUAGUUUUUUAAUAUUGAUUACGAGGUGAAUGAAAGUCUCAAUCAGAUUGUUGCAGCAUAUUAAUGA